GAACUGACGUUUUCAGCUUUUUCUUCAUUCGUAGUGCCUCGUACAGUCUAGCGAGCUUGCUCGCUGUUCACUUUUCCGUUUGUCGCGCUCCUAUUCAAAGCAGAGUUUACGCAGAGAAAAAGUAAAUCGUGAAAGUAGCCUGAAUUACGUUUUCUAGUUUAACCGGUGACGUUCCUAUAUAAUGAAGAAACUGUUCAUCUUUGCUUUGCUGGUUCUACCAGCGGUUCUUCUGACCGUAGAAAGUGGUUCCCGACUAAUGGCUUUUGCUACUGAUGCUACCGAGGAUGAAUUGGAAGAUGAACUGGAUGUUGAGGUCGAAUCGGAUGAUGCUUCGGUAACGCAUACGGAUGAACCCGAGGCUGAAGAUGAGCCAGAAACAACCAAGUCUCCGGAUGCUGAUACGUUCCUACUGUUCACGCGUCCACUGUACUCCGGAGCUGGUUCUCAGCUUGACCUUCCAGCUGGGUAUCCGGUGGAAUUUCUGGUUGGAUUCUCUAACAAGGGAAGCGACGAUUUCAUCGUGGAAACCGUUGAAGCUUCCUUCCGAUAUCCGAUGGAUUUCAAUUACUUCAUCCAGAACUUUUCUGCUAUUGUUUAUAAUCGCGAAGUUAAACCCGGACAUGAAGCUACUGUUUCAUACUCGUUCUUACCGUCGGAAUCAUUUGCCGGGCGACCAUUCGGUUUGAACAUCGCCUUGAAUUAUCGGGAUGCUAGCGGAAAUCAAUUUUCUGAAGCUGUGUUCAACGAGACCAUAUCAAUUACCGAAGUUGAUGAGGGUCUGGACGGGGAGACCUUUUUCUUGUACGUGUUCCUCGCGGCAGUUGUGGUUCUUUUGUUGGUCUUGGGACAGCAAUUCCUCGGAUCGUACGGAAAACGCAAGCGUUCACCGGCUGUCAGGAAAACUGUGGAAACUGGAACUAGUAAUACUAAAGAUGUUGAUUACGAGUGGAUUCCGGCCGAAACACUUAAAAAGAUUCAAAAUUCUCCCAAGGGUGGCAAAGUAUCCCCAAAACAAAGUCCUCGACAGCGAAAGACAAAGCGGGCGGCUGGUUCGGACGAUUGAGCUGCAUGUGCUCAGUUGAAAUAAACUAGCAUUGCAGGAGAGAGAUCAUUAAGAUAGGAUAAUGCUGCUCCUUGUGCGACCCGAAGAGGUGCUCUACUUUCAGUUUACCUCCAAGAUUAUUGUCGCUCGUCCGAAUGAGUGCGUGUGUACGUGUGCAUGAUCCUUACCUAACGAAACAGUAACCGUUUCACUAAUCAUCCAAUCACAUCAAAACUGGAAUCAUAAUUUUAAGUUAGGGUUUUGUACCUAAUCGUUCAUUUUUUCAUCUCUCUUUAAGAGUGAACACCAUUUAAGAAUUCAGGUAAUCACCUUUUUGUGUGAGAAAGAGACUGCGGCGUGUGUCUGCUGGGGAAGCAAACAGUGAGUAGAUCAUAUCCUUACCGGAAGCACAAACUUCCCCGAAUAAAGACUUCCUGUGCGAUGAGUUUUUGUCGUAAGCUAAAUUUUGUUUUGGUUUAAGUUAUUUUACACAUGAUGAUGCCGUAAUGAAAACAUCUAAAAAUA